AUGAACGCCUCGCACGAAUGGCACGCCGGCGAGCUAGCCAUCCAGACCGCACUGGGCCACAAAGACGCCGUUGCUGGAGCGCACUCGAUCUUCCGCCCGCAACUCACCGCGCAGCACCAGCAGUUCUUUCCCGCGCUCAACAUCUUGCCGGUAUGCACGCUUGACGCGCAGGGUCGACCGUGGGGAUCCUUUCUCGCCGCUUCUGACGGUGAGGCUGGAUUCGUGAAGUGUCCUUCUUUCUCGUCGCUCAUCGCGACCGGCAUGCGGCUGCACGAGGACCAUCCUGUCGAAAUGGCCCUGAAGGAAGGCGCGAAGUUCGGUAUGACUUCGCUGGUCAUGGGUGAUGAUGCGAGCUACCAAGGGCCGGGAUUGAAGCUCAUUGCUGGUGUAGGGGUUAUGUUUGACAACAGGCGGAGGAAUAAGGUUGCUGGAUUCAUCAACGAGCGCAACACCGGCAGUGCAGAGGAGCGAUCGAUCCAGGUCGAGGUGCUGGAGAGCCUCGGCAACUGUCCGAAGUACAUCAACACGAGAAGGCUUGUCACAAACCCGCAGCACAGCUCAAAGAUGCUACUCAAGUCGCUGGAGAUUAAUUUGGGCGAGGGGCUGCCGAAGGAGACGCUGGAGCAUGUUGCCCAGGCAGACGCAGUGUUUUUGGCCACGAGGUACACAAGUCCAGUGCAGACCAUCUUCAAGUCUCGGCUCGGAAUCAAUAUUCGCGGUGGCAAGCCGGGCUUCGUGCGAAUCACCACCGAGGAGGGACGGACGGUGGCCUAUCUGCCGGACUACUCGGGAAACCGCUUCAUGUCCUCCCUCGGCAACAUCCACAACGAUCGAGUCGCAGGGCUGACCAUCCCGCUGAUGCAAAAAGGACGGCCGAUCGACGUGGUCUACCUCACAGGAACGGCGGUGGUGCUGCUGGGCAAGGAGUCGAGCAGCAUCUUCCCUGGUGUGUCCACAUGCGUGCGGAUCGAGGUGACAGGGUUUAUGCAUGUACAAGACGCAGUGCCGCUCAUGGCGGAUGACUUCGAUCCGAGCGACGGCGUGGAAGACUUUGAGGAGAAGGGGGAGGACGGUGUGGGGUGGAGCCCGUAUAACCCACCAGUGCGGCGGUUGCGCUCUGAGCUCGGCGAUCCGUCUUUCGAUCAGGGGACAGCUAACGAGGCGACGCUGAUCAAGUUCCAGGCGCAUACGCAGACCCUCGCCACAUUCACAUUCCGACUCGCGGAGCCGGUGAGGUAUAGGGCAGGCCAACACGUCAUCCUCGACUGCAGCUCGCUGCUAGAUUCAGAGGUGAAGGAGUAUAAGCACAUGUCGGACAGAAGGGGUGGCGAGCAGGAACUCAACGACAGCGGCGUGCGGACGUGGACGAUCAGCUCGGGGCCAGGAAGCGCAGAUGAGCUGCAGGUGACAAUGCGCAGGGUGGAUGCUGGGAGGGUCACACCGAGGAUGUUUGAGUUGGGGGCAAAGGGGGAGGAGGUGAAGCUGCCGGUGCUUGGUGUGGGAGGAGAGUUUGUGCUGCCCAAAGAGAAAAGAAGGAUGGUGUGGGUGGCUGCUGGGGUGGGUUUCACGCCUUUCCUGAGCUUCUUGAGCCACCUAGCGAAGGGGACGGAGCAGAUGGAUGUGACGAUGGUGCUGGCGGCGAGCAGGGCGGAAGUGGGGACGCUGCUGCGGCUCAUACGUACUGCCACCGCUGGUGCAGCCACGACAGGCAAGCUGGUGAUCCACGUCGUCUCUGCAGGACUCGACUCGCAAACUCUUACCGCAUCGCAGCCCGAUUCAAGCGCCCUGGAUGUCACCAUUACACAUCACGACACACGACUCAACCCGCAGCUGCUGUUGGACGUAUGUCGAGGGGUUGAGAAGGCAGAGACGUGGGUAUGCGGCCCGCCGGUGUUCGAAACGAUGGUGAUGCAGACGCUGGAGGAAGCGGGCUGGUCGGGCGAAAGCGUGCAUCGGGAGUCGUUUGCUUUCUAG